AUGAUCGCGGACGCCGACGACGCCGCGGCGCAGGCGGAGAUGAAGGAGAUCCUGUCGCCGGCGUCGGCGAAGCGGGCGAUGUCCACGGAGGGCAUGGGCAGCCUCGAGACGCUGCUCGAGAAGAUCGAGGAGAAGCGGCGCAGCUCGCUGACGCCCGCGGAGGCGAAGGACGAGGACGCCGCCGCGUCGGAGGCGAAACGGCGCCUGCGCAAGUCGAGCGACCGCACGCGGUCGAGCAGCCACAUCGACCUGGGCAGCUCGCCGCCGGCGCGGCAGCCCGCGCGGCCGCGGCCGCUCCCGCUGGGCAUGGACGACCCGGGCGCGCUGGCGGCCAUGGGCCUGAAGCUGCGCGCGAAGAAGGUCGUCGAGAAGCUGAAGCGGAGCGCGGCGACCUACGGCGACGACUUCGGCGCGUACCCGCGGCCGCCGUGGGCGGACCGCGACGACCCCGUGCUUUCGCUCGACGGCAGCGACGGCAACGGCCACGGCGCGCACGAGGCCUACCGCAACGACCACGUCGAAUUCGUGGACCCCAUGUCGCCGGGCGCGUCGCGGCGGCAGAUCCGGCGCACGCCCGAGUCGGAGCGGCGCGCCGCGUUCCGGAAGGCCGCCGCGGCCGCGUCGCGGCCCCUCGAGGCCGCGAUCGACGACGACGACGUCGACGCGAAGAUGCUCCACCUCGACCGGCUGCUGGGCGCGGUCCUCUCCGUGGCCAAGGUCGAGAUGGGCGUCGACCGCUGCUGCUUCUACAAAUACUCGGGCAGCGACCUCGUCUACGCGUGGGACGCGGCGUCGCGGCGCGACGUCGUCGGCGACGCGGCCAUCGACGACGGCGACCGCGCGUCGGCCUGGUCCGAGUCCAUCGUGCGCGAGGCGGCGUCGGACUGGGAGACGAUCCGCGUCGACGACGUCUACGACUCCGACGAGUGCCCGCCGCCGCUCGCGGACGAUCUGGCCACGGGCUACCGCACGAAGACGAUCCUCGCCGUCCCCGUCGCCGUGGACCGCGUGGCGUCGACGGGUCUGGCCUGCGACGACGAGCCCUGGACGAAGCUGGGGGUGCUGCUCUUCACGAACAAGUUCUUCAACCACAGCAAGGAGGACGGCGAGGGCGAGGUGCUCCACGUCGCGGGCCGCGCGAGCGACCAGGGCGAGCGGCGCACGACGCGCAUCGUCGAGGUCGGCGCCUUCAACGACUUCGACUGCGCGCGGGCCCGGGGCCUCGUCGACGCCGUAUC